AUGACUGACCGUCAAUACCAUCAGAAUGAGGCCGAAAACGACCACGGGGCCAAUGCUCCUGAAUCUGUCGAUAUGCUGUCGCCACUGACGGUUGGUUCAAACAUCGGAGAGUUGCAGAGGCAGUAUCAGUCGCAGUACCGGUCAACCCACGAACAAUAUCAGUCAUCCCAGCGCUCACCUAUGGCUCCCGACCAUACUGAAAAGGAAGCAGUCUUGGUGGGACAUGACAGUACAGGCUUACACAUCGUGCCCUCAGAGCACAAGGCCGAAUACCCAGAGACGGUGACAACAGCAAGCCCGCAAAUAAAGCCGAUUACCAAGGAGAGCGCGACGCCAGCAAUUCCAGAAACUAAGAAUCAUUCGCUCCCCGCGGAUCGUGAUGGAGAUGGAGGAAUAAAAAAAAAAGACCACAGGAAGAUAUUGGGCUUCAGCCGCAAGGUGUUUAUACCACUUGCAGUUGCUCUUGUUAUUAUCAUCGCGGCCGCCAUUGGCGGGGGCGUUGGUGGCGCCGUUGCCUCUCGAAAGUCGGAUAACGGCGCCUCCUCAUCGACAACUAGCAGCAGUUCUUCUACGGUCCCGUCAUCAACCUCAUCCACUCCAACUAGUUCAACCUCAUCGACUACCAGCGCAUCCGCGACGGCGACGAUCCACUUUCUCAACAACCAGACCUGGCCGAAGGGCGAUACAUUCGCUUUCCAGGGCUUUUCAAGAGACAACUUUACAGGUGUUGCCUCGGACAUCGUCACUGGUGAUGGUGGGAAAGAGUUUGGGGUCGAUUUCAAGUUUGACCUUCACAGCUACGAGGGCAAAGUUGGGUGGCAUUGCCGCGAAGUAAAGAAAGACCAGGCAUCGGGACCAGUCCCACGCAUUAAAGUGUGGUGUGACGAUACACAAAGCGAGGCUAUUUCAGACGAGAGAGGAUGUGACACACCAAAGUAG